AUGUGGGCUCGUCUGCUGGUUGGGGUCGGGGGUUCGGGGCUCGGGCUGCGGGCUUCCAGGGGCGGUUUGCUGCAGGUCGCUGGAGCGGGAUGUGCUGGGAAGCGGCAGCAGAGGCAGGCUUCAAGUGCAGAGGCUGCACUGAAGAAGACUCCGCUGUUUGACUUCCACAGGGAGCAUGGGGGAAAGAUGGUGGAGUUUGCAGGCUGGAGUAUGCCCGUCCAGUACAAAGACAGCCACAUCUCCUCACACAUGCACACCAGAGAGCACUGCUCCAUCUUCGACGUCAGCCACAUGCUGCAGACCAAAGUCCAUGGCAAAGACCGGGUGACCUUCAUGGAGUCGUUAGUGGUUGCAGAUAUUGCAGAACUGAAGGACAACCAGGGUACAUUGACCCUCUUCACCAAUGAGAAAGGAGGGAUUAUUGAUGACCUUAUCGUGACAAAGACAGACCAGGGCUACCUCUACGUGGUCUCCAACGCUGGCUGCGCCGACAAGGACUCGGCUCGUAUGAAGGCCAGACUGGCAGAGUUCAAAGCUGCAGGUUUUGAUGUGGAUCUGGAGUUCCUUGAUGAAGCACUGAUUGCUCUGCAAGGUCCAUCCAUGUCUCAGGUGCUCCAGGAGGGGCUGAAGGAGGACCUCAGUAAACUGACCUUCAUGACCUCCACCUUGGCCACUGUGUUUGGGAUUAAUGGCUGCAGGGUCACCCGCUGUGGAUACACAGGAGAGGACGGGGUGGAGAUCUCCGUCCCUCAGUCCAGAGUGGUGGAGCUGACGGAGAAGCUGCUGGCUAACAGCGAGGUGAAGCUGGCCGGUCUCGGCGCCAGGGACAGUCUGCGGCUGGAGGCGGGGCUUUGUCUCUACGGAAACGACAUAGAUGAGACCACCACGCCCGUAGAGGCCACCCUAGUCUGGACCAUAGGAAAGCGUCGGCGUCAGGCCAAGGAUUUCCCCGGUGCUGACAUCAUUGUGCCUCAGAUCAAAGCCAAGACCGCCAGGAAGAGGGUCGGUCUGGUGUCCACCGGCCCCCCCGUCAGACAGCACACUCCCAUACUCGGCCCUGAUGGAAAGGUCAUAGGUGAGGUGACCAGCGGCUGCCCCUCGCCCUGCCUGAAAAAGAACGUUGCCAUGGGUUACGUGGAUGCGGCAUUCGCUAAGAAUGGAACAGCCAUCCAGGUGGAGGUCAGGAAAAAGGCAGUGCCCGCCACCGUCAGCAAGAUGCCCUUCGUCCCCACCAACUACUAUUCUGGAUAGGAGGGACACACACAGGCAUACACACACACACACACACACACACACACACACACAAUACACCCACCCAUACACAUGCAUACAUAUACAAUACAUACACUCACAUUGAAUCAUUCCUUCACUUUGUCACAUAUUCACCAAUGCUGCCCCCUUCUGUUUACCUCCAACAAUGCAACACCAGUGUAAUACUGGAAGUUUGCGCUGGCGAGUCCUCUGAGACAAAAUGAUCCAAAAUGACAAACAGUUAUACAAUACAGUGUGUGCGCUGGUAUGAGGUGAUCACUCAUUUUCAUUGUGAAGCACAUUAAAUGCACAACAGCUUGUAUAUGAGACCCUAAAGCAGAGACACAACAACCCACAGUAUAAAGUGACAGGUGGUUUGAACAGGACAUAACAGCAAACAGAGACUUUGUGCAGGACAUUUUGAACAGCAGGCCGUCUCUCUACAGACAGUCAGGAUGCUGCCUGUGUGUGCUCAAGCAACGCCACACCAUGCUUGACACAGCAGGUUACACUGAACCAACGUACUGCACUUUCAGUCAGAGCAAAAACAGUGUGGAUCCAUUAAAAACAAGUCUUUUAUUUACUUUCUAUUGCAGAAUAUAGGUUUUGCUGAUGAAACAUGACAGUAUUAACGUUGUCACCGCUGGACCAAAACAAAGAGAUUCCAAAUGGUUUGUACCACAGAGCCAAAUUUCCAUUUGUAUCAUUGUUAGUUGUAAACAUUUUAAUCAAGGGAGGUCAAACAGGGCCAGCUCAUAAUCCCUCCAACACAAAACCUCCACCUGAAAUCUGCCAAUUAACACAAACCUCUCCAGGUCUUUGGAGGGAUUUUGAGGGAGUUCUGGUUCACUCUUGAUGUGGUCAAUAACCUGAUCUGCUCAUCAGAUGAGACCUGACCAGACUGUCUCUCAGACUGUUUAUGAUAAUGUGACCACAUGAGGUACAAUGAUAACCUAACUUGAAAAGAUGUUAAUUAUCAUAAUGUUUGUUCUUUGUCUACUAAUGAAAUAGAUUUUGUCUUUGGACAUUCUGCUAAUUGUCUUUCUAUGAAAUAAUGACAGACAAUACAGAAAUAAUACUACUGAUCUAUAGGUUGUCAGUUAUUGUCAACUCUGUCUUGAAGGUGCACUAAAUGUGUUAUAUGAACUUUAAUAUUUGCUGCAUUUCCAUGUAGACAUUUUAAAUAACAUUGUUUAUUUGAUUGGAAAA